AUGAUGUAUUCCUCCCAACCCUCGAGCUGGCAGGUCCUGGUGGCCAACAGAAAAACCGUGGUGUCCUGCAUUUUGGGUCUCUUCUUCAUCGCCCUGGUGGCUGAUCUCCGUGCCGACGGAGCCGGUCAGAGCAAGAUGACCAUGUUCAAGCGCGACACCACCGCCGGUGCGGCCAUUUGGCAGCCCGCUGCCGGUGUCAAGUGGCAGAUCCAGCUGAUCGAUGCCGUCGAAGACACCUCGGUCGAUGCCGACAUUUGGGACAUCGACAUGUUCGACAACACUGCCGAGACAAUCUCCACUCUGAAGGGCAAGGGCCACAAGGUCAUCUGCUACUUCUCCGCCGGCACGUCUGAGGACUGGCGCCCGGACUUCAGCAAGUUCGACACCGCAGACUUCGGUAGCAACCUCGACGAGUGGCCCGGCGAGCGCUGGCUCAACAUCAAGUCCAGCACCGUGCGAUCGAUCAUGACCGCUCGCUUGGACUUGGCCAAGGAGAAGGGCUGCGACGGUGUGGACCCGGAUAACAUCGAUGCGUACGGCAAUGAGAAUGGACUCGGUCUCACCGAGGCUGACUCAAUUGACUUCCUCAAUUUCUUGGCUUCUGAGUCCCACUCGCGUGGGAUGUCCAUUGGACUGAAGAAUGGCGGCGAUAUCAUUGGCUCGGUCAUUGACAAGAUGCAAUGGUCUGUGAAUGAGCAGUGUGCCGAGUACAAUGAGUGUGAUGUCUACGCUGCUUUCACGGAGGUCAACAAGCCUGUCUUCCACAUUGAAUAUUCUGACGAGACUAUCGAGUCCAGCAGCUCUGGUAGUGCUACUUCUUCCGCGGACACUGAUGACGAUGUCACCACCACUGCCAGUUUUUCCAAGGCCACUGCUACCUCCACUUCAACAGCCGAUGAUGAUGAGGAUGAUACUGCGACUGACGGCAGUGUGAAGGCUAUUGACUCCGUUGCUGGUACCACUAGUCUUGUUGCUUCCGCUACUGCCACAUCCACAGCCGUCGUCUCUUCCAAGACUGCUACAUCUACCACUGCUACUACCACAGACGCAUCUGACUCCAUCGAUGAUGCUAAUGACGAAGACGACGAAGAUGAUGAAGAUGACGAAGAAGAUGACGAAGACGAUGAAGAUGAGGAAGAUGCGGAAGAUGCAGAAGACGCAGAAGACGCAGAAGACGAGGACGAUAAGGAAGACGCCAAUGAAACCGCCGAUGUCAAGCCCAAGCACCGUUACGGACACGGACAUCACAAGCUUCGAGCUAGAGCCACUCUUUCGGUCUCGCUCAAGACCUCAGCUUGCAAUGCCGCUAGCGCCGACAAGUUCUCUACUGUCAUCAAGAACAUGAACCUCGAUGCCUGGAACACCAACUCCAACUUCAUUCCAACUUCUUCUUCCACCUCUCUCUCUCAUCUCCAUUUGUUCACCUCGACGGCCAUGGCACCCUCCCUCACACUGGGCUUCCAGGCCCUCAUUCUGUGUGGGCCUGGAGUUUCACUUACCACAUUCACAUCCAAGCCAGAAGAUUACCCAAAGUGUCUGAUUCCAGUCGCGAAUCGGCCAAUGUUGUUUUAUGUUAUUGACUUCUGCAGACGGUCGGGCAUUUAUGAUAUCACUAUGAUCACACCUCCGUCCUCAUACCCAGCAGUUUACUCUGCUAUGAAACUCGAUCCAUAUCUCACAUCCUUCCACAGCCCAACCCCAUCGGUCAUUGCACCAAAAGGUCUGGAUAUGACGAUGGGAACCGCCCAGUUGUUGCGCCUUCCAGAAGUCCAAGGAGUCAUCAAAACCGACUUUGUUCUCCUGCCCUGUGAUCUUAUCUGCGAUCUCUCUGGGGAGUCUCUUAUUGAAGCAUGGAUGGCCACCCAGGGGGUGGUUUGUAAGAACAAAUCUAGCAAAGACAGACGCAACUCGUUUAACACGUUUGACAAGAAAACAAUCGAGGUACGACAGAAAGGCCGAUACGGAGGCCUUGCUGUCUAUUAUCAAACAGUGGACAAAGCAGGGAAUGCCAUUGCCAAAGGGGAAUCUGCCGACUUCAUGGCUGUUGCGCCUCUCAGACACGACGACGCGACUGUCAUACCGCCAAUUGACCUUCAAUCGGCGCCCAUUCGAUUCAAUCUCUGCAGGUUGCUGCUUUCAAUGCCCGUGGCAACAGUGAAAGAGAAACUGGAGGAAGAGAAGGGCCUUCUCCUUCGGCACUCAUUGCUUAAGACCCACGCGCACAUCCGACUGCUCGCCAAUUUCCGAGAUGCCCAUCUCUACGUCUUUCCACGCUGGGUGAGAGAGCUGGUCCGCGGUCAGCAACGACUCCAAUCAAUCAGUGAUGAUCUAAUCGGAAACUGGGCCAAGUCCAGUUGGCAGGAUGGUCUAGGCGAGAAGCUCGGUCUCACCCGCAUGGUUCAAUACAAUACCGUAUCCCUCGAGGAGUCCAGCUUCGAGAGCAACGUUGAAGCCAAAUGGGUCCACCCGAAGAUCGACCUCCAGCGUCUAUGCACCACCAAAUCUGCUUUGAAUACCCCACCCCCGAAAUACAUCCACGACCCCAAGAGUCUCAAGGCCGAAAAGCUUCCUCCCCCUCCCACACCCGCCGAUCUCCCACAGCUCCUAGCCUACAUUCACCACGGCGCCCAGCUGAUUCGUCGUGUCGAUAACUCCGGUACCCUCCUUGCGACAUCUCUGCUUCUCGCCAAACUUCCACCAAUCGAAGAAGUCGGUCGCGCGGCAGCUUCGCCAUUUGCACAUGCGCGCAAGAUUUCUUCACCUGAGCUCAUCGCGGAACGGACCAUAGUCACAGAAAAGGAUUGUUUGAUUGGGGACCAUGUGGUGAUCGAAUCAACCUGUGUAGUGAAGGAAAGCUGCAUUGAUUCGAAGUGCCAUAUUCACAGUGGUGCGCGGAUCACUCGGUGUGUAGUGAUGGAGGGGGCGGUUGUGGAAGCCCGUGUUCAGUUGAGUGGGUGUGUGAUCGGUCGGCGGGCCAGAAUCGGUCGUGAGUCCGUCCUCAGGGACUGUGAGGUUCAGGAUUGUAAUGUGAUUCCUGAGAAGACUGAUGCCCGGGAUCACAAGUUUAUGGUCUUUGACAUGAGUGCAUCCUAG